UUCUAGGCCACGUAAGUAGAACGUUUGACCAGUUUACAAACAUGACUGACAACAGAAUCGAAAGAAUAAAAUCUCACAUUACAGAGCAUCCUGACUUUCCGACACCUGGGGUCUUGUUUCGAGACAUUUUCCCAGUAUUACGAAACCCGGGUGCGUUUAAUGAUCUUAUGGAUGCUAUGGUGGAGUAUGUGAAGGAGAAGGCACCUGGUGUGGAGAUCGUAGUGGGACUGGAAGCCAGGGGAUUUCUUUUCGGACCCAUCAUUGCUCAAAGACUUAACUGCAGUUUUGCACCAGUCCGGAAGAAGGGUAAAUUGCCCGGGAAGAUGGAAAGUGUUUCUUAUACCAAAGAAUAUGGAACGGACGUCUUUGAGGUCCAGAAAGAAGCAUUUAAGCCAGGACAGUCUGUUGUAAUUGUUGACGAUCUCUUAGCAACAGGAGGCACAAUGAAAGCAGCAUGUGAAUUAAUUGAAAAAGUCGGCGCCAAAGUGAUACUGUGCCUGGUGGUAAUAGAACUGACGGAUUUGAAUGGACAAGGAAAAUUGUCCCAGCCGUGUUCCUCUCUUAUUAAAUACUAAUGCAUAUACUUAUAGCAAGAAAAAAACAGUAUUUAAUACCAACUGUGUAUUAGUCGUAUACAAUAGUGUUACUGAUCUGACGCAACGAAUCCACUUUUUGUGCCUUGGUGGCCUACAGUAUGAGGAAUAAUUGAACAUUUGCAACUUGUUUGUAGAAGAGUUACCAAAUGGUGUCCUUUCUGCAAUUUUUUUUAAAAAGAAAAAUUAUUAAAAGUGUACUUACAAAAAACAAAACACGUGCUGUGAAAUGAGGUUUCACUAUACAAGUGUUCUACUGUCAAGUUGUAAAUUUUGAAUUUACCGGUGGCAGUAAAUACAAAAUUUACAAGUUGUCAUGUUGUAAAUUUUGUAUUUACUGCCACCCGGUAAAUUCAAAAAUUUACAUGACACUACUGUUAUCUAAUAAUCCAUGACGAAUUAUAAUAAAAUCUGAGCUACCCAAAAA